GCAGCAGGAAGACAGAGCAGGAGAGAAAAACGCCCUUCAAAGAGCAGAAAACUAACAGUUUGUGCAUCACAUUCUGGAGGAAAACCCCAGACACACACACGCGCGCGUUCAGAUUUGGACUAUGGCUUCCACCACCUCUGGUGAUGUUCUGCCCACUGGUGCCAGAAUCUUCAUCACUGUUCCUGACCUCUUCUUCAUCCCUGAGUGGGUCAUUGGGGGUUUGGUGUGGAUCCUGGUGGCCUCGACCCGAGUCUUCCCAGACAAUCCUCUGGGCUGGGUCAUGUUCGUGUCCAUCUUCUGCUUCGUCGGGACGACUCUGUGGCUUCUCAUCUUCGCCUGUGGAGGCAAUCAGAGCAGCUUUUGGCCCGGCCUGGAUGCUGGUUUUCAUUUUGUGGCAGCGGUUUUCUACCUCAGUGCGUCGGUGGUGUUAGCCUACAUCACCAUUGUGCAUAAGACUGCUUCAACUAUUGACAUAACCCUACUGAAGAUCUACCGACUUGACAUUUCUGCAGUGGUGAUGUCCCAUGUGGCUACUCUCCUCUACUUCCUCCACGCCAUUUUCUCUGCCAUCCGAUGGAAGAGAGCCUGAAGCGCAACCUGAACCCCUCCAGACGUCAAACACAAGGAGAGACGCAGAAAAAUAAUGGCAUAUGUGACACAUUUUUGUUUUUCCUGUUUCGUUAGAACAAAUGGCGAAAAAAAAAAAAACUAAAGUGAUGAAACCCAUUAUGCACAAUAUAAGUCGCUGUUUUGACACGAUAAGCAACUAUUAGGUCUGAGUGAUACUGCUGAUAGAAGUGCUUAAAAAAAUGUCUUUUUAGAAAAAUACAUUCAUUCAGACAGUCUGAGUUGUUUAACAAAUAGGAAAAAACGAUUUCAGUGUUUUCAUUUCAUGGUAGUCAUUUGACCUUCACAAAGCAGCUGCUUUAGAGUCCACUCAA